AUGGCCGGCCCCGUGGACGGCCGCGACGAGAGCGCAAAGCUUCAGUCUGCGCCGACGACGACGAUGACGACGACGACAACGACGGCAACAACAAGAUGGGCCCGCGUCAGGGUAAAAGCGGUCAAAAUCUUUAAACUCAUCGUGGCGCAAUGGCUCGUUAUCGGGUUCGCUCUCAGCUGCGUGUUUGCGUACUUCUUCCCGAAUGUCGCGGCUAGAGGUGGACCGAUUCGGUCCGAGUACUCCAUCAUCUACGGCGGCAUCGCCAUCAUCUUCCUCGUUAGCGGGCUGCAGCUCUCCCACGCGAAGCUGAGGCAGAACGUGGCCAACUGGCGCCUGCACAUCAUCGUACAGGGCAUCAGCUUCAUCGUCAUACCCGUGAUACUCCUAAUCAUCGUCCGCAUCAUCAUCGCCGCCGGCGGCCUCCGCAACAACGCCCUCUCGACCCCAAUCAUCGUAGGCAUGGUCGUCGCCUCCUGCCUGCCCACGACAAUCGCCUCCAACGUGGUCAUGACGCGCGCCUCGGGCGGCGACGACGCCGCCGCCAUCAUCGAGGUCGUCAUCGGAAACGUCCUGGGCAGCUUCAUCUCCCCGGGGCUCAUCUACGGCUUCAUCCCCAAGACGCCAGAGUUCGCCGACUGGCAGCCCGCUAACCCGAGCACCUUGGGCGCCAUGUACGCCAACGUCCUGAAACAACUGGGGCUGAGCGUGCUGUUGCCGCUGGCCGUGGGGCAGCUCGUGAGGUGGUUUUGGGAAAAGAGGGUCGAUUGGGCGCUGAGAACGUUUUACCUCGCCAAGGUGUCGACGUUUUGUCUCAUUUUGCUGGUCUGGACAACCUUCUCAGCAGCCUUCAAAACAGGCGCCCUUUUCGUGACCCCCCACCCUUCCAUCAUCUUCAACGUCUUCAUGAACGUCGCGCUCUACGCGCUCUUCACCGUCAUCUGCUUCUACGCCGCCCGGCCCCCCCUGGCAGUCUGCAACGCGGUGAAUCGCCGCCUCGCCGACUCCCGCCUCCUCCGGGCCCGCUACGCCCCGCGGUUCCUGCGGCACGCCGUGACGGUGCGGCAGCUGCCGAGGGAGCAGAUGAUCGCCGUUUGCUUCUGCGGCGCGGCCAAGACAACGUCGUUGGGCAUCCCCCUCGCGACGGCCAUGUGGACGCAGUCGGACGACUUGACCAGGGCGCUGAUUCAGAUCCCGGUGUUGUUGUACACUAUUGAGCAGGUCUUUAUGGCGCAGAUUUUGGUGUAUGUCUUCAAGUGGUACUUGAGGCGGGCCGCGAAGGCUGAGGGCGAUGGGACGGGGGAUGAGGAGGAGGAUCGUAGUGUCGGGCCAGAUGUGGCGAGUGGGACGGGGCAACGGAGGGAAGAGGAAGAGGGGGAUCGGUCGUCUGAUACGUCGAUUGGCGAGAGAGACCACGAGAAGAAGGGCGCCGAGGGCAGGGACGGGAGUGAUCCGGUGCUUGUCAAGACUAUUUCUGGGGCAUGA